CUAAACAGAGAAAGGAUGCAGAGGAGCAAGGUAUGCAGUAUCAAACAGGUGACCAACAAGUGGUGGUUGACCCAGGGACCUUGAAUGACAAACAGCGACUGGCAUUUGACAUUAUCACUGCAUCCAUGGCUAAUGAUGAAUGUGAACCACUACAUAUGAUUGUAAGUGGUACUGCUGGCACAGCUCAACUUCCGAUUCGGGAAUACAGAGAAUUACAGGGCGAUUCCUUACAGAGAUUGCAGCUCAGAUUGGAAGGUAAGAGGUUUCUCAUUAUUGAUGAAAUGUCAAUGAUUGGACAUCAGAUGCUUUCAUGGCUUGACAACAGACUACGUGCAGGUACAGGAAAAGAGGAUAUCCCAUUUGGUGGGAUGUCGAUUAUCCUAAUGGGGGAUUUCGGCCAGUUACCUCCUGUAGGCGAUAAACCAAUGUACAUUGCAGGUAAUGGAUCUGUAAUCAGUGACCAUGGUCACAGUAUGUAUUUAACAUUUGAUUAUGUAGUCAUUUUAGAGCAGGUCAUGCGACAGAUUGGUGAAGACCCAGAAGUAGUUGCAUUCAGGGCGCUAUUGAUGAGAAUGAGAGAUGGACAAGUUACCGAGAUGGACUGGAGACUAUUAAUACAGCACUCCAGACCUAACGUUUCAAUGGAUCGAUUUAGUGAUGCAAUCCGGCUGUACUUUGAUAAAAAAAGUGUCGCUGAAUAUAAUUAUGAGAAGUUGCUAGAGAUUGGACAACCCUUGGUCAAAAUUCAAGCAAGGCAUUCUGGUCGAGGUGCAAGUGCGGCAACAUCUGAUGAAGCAGGUGGUUUGGAAGCUGUCCUCUUUUUGUCAACCAAAGCAGAAGUGAUGCUGACAUGUAACCUUUGGGCAGAAGUCGGUCUUUGCAAUGGCUCUUUUGGAACUGUUGAGCAAUUUUGGUUUGCAGAGAAUAUGGGUCCACCAAAUCUACCGAUUGCAGUACUGGUUCAUUUUCCAGCAUAUUCUGGCCCUGCAUUUCUACAAGAAUGUUCAAAGUGUAUACCUGUGCCUCCAAGACUGUUUGAGUGGAUGGCGGAUGGAAAGUAUUUGUCAAGACAACAAUUGCCCUUGCGGCUGAGGUAUGCAAUGACGAUACACAAGUCCCAAGGACAGACACUAACCAAGGCUGUUGUUGAUUUAGGUAAAGGGGAGAGAGUUGCUGGCUGCACAUUUGUGGCAGCAUCUAGGGUAAGAUCAAUUAAUGAUAUUGUGUUUGAACCUAUGACAUUUGAUCGUCUGAAAGUCAUUGGUAGGAAUAAAAAUUUGAAGAAGCGACAAGAAGCGGAACGACGACUUCGUGUGCUUGCAGAAAAGACUGAGCAGAGGCAUAAGCAUUGAAUAUAUGCAUAUAAAGAUAUGGAUUGUAUUGUAAGUUGUUAUAUCCUUUUGUUUAAUGAUACUGGGCACCAAUGUGCUUUCGAGGAAAUCAUAGUCGCCUGCUACUAGACACAAUUUUAGAAGUGAAGUUUGUAUGUCUUAUUACAACUUUGCCUCUAUAAUUUUGUUUUUGAGGAUGGCAAUGUACUGUACAUGUGUCAUAUUGCCUGUUACUAGACAUGAUAUCAGGUAUUAUGCUUUUGAGGGUGGCUGUUGACAUGUACACUAUAUCAAUCAGGUAAGUUACCUAUUUACAAUAACAAUCAAUGAAAUGAAAACCACAAUACCAUCGCGCGGGGAUAUUUCGUGAUUUGCCUGGUAACAAUAAUAAAGUACACGCAAAAUUCACGUAUAACAUAAAUUUCAAAAAGAGCGCGAAAAUAUCCUGCCGAUAUCCUGCUGUUUUUGGACUGCGGUAAGUCUUUUUCAAAAUAAAAAACUUUAUAAAAUAUUAAACAUUUCAAAAUUCGCUCGAAUAAAUUAUAAUAUACUAUUCCACAGUCGACAAUUUGAUUUACCAAUUUACGCACAGAUAUUUUAGGGAGAAACUUCUGUAUCCUUUUUAUUGCAUUUUAAAAUUGGCAUGUUUUUCCAACGCCGACGCGUAUUGUCUUUUGUGUUUAACUUUUCUCAAUAAACUAAUGAAACUAUUGUAUUUCUUAUAUAUUUUACAGCUACAAAAGUCAUAAAUAUUAUUUAAAAAAAUAUCAUCUACAAGGAGAGAAAAAAUGGAAAAUGAAGAAGAAGUACUUGAAAUUGAAGUUGAUGCAGAGGGUGAUGAAGAUCUAAGAGAAGCAGAGCAACCUGCCGUGGCAGUGGAUGGGCCAGAAGAUCAUCCACUCCCUGCACCACAAGGGAGAGGCUUGCCCCCAGAACAUCAUCCGCUCCCUGCUCUUCGGGGGAAAGGCUUGCUCCCAGGUUUCCGUGGA